ACGUAGCUUGGAGGACUCAGCGCGUCCCUCCAGCGUUGAAAAGCUUAAUAAUGUUCGUUUCUCGUCGUUAUGUCGUUUGUCUGUAAGACCGAGCGUAAGUGUAACGUUAGCUUGCUCGUGCUGUUUGAAAAGUUCAUACUGCAAAGAUGUCAGUCAGCGAGCUUUAACAUGAGUGAUGCUCUAAACUCAAGAAAUCUAACUCACUAACGUUAGGUUUCCCCCUCAGUUUCCAAUUAAAACACAGCUUACAUUUUAUAAUUUUAAUUGAAAAUAUCGAAAUGUGGUGUCGUAUUAAAUAGGCCCAACAAAUAUGAACUACUCUGUUCCAAUUUAAGUUACUAUGACCAUUCAUGUGAAGCUGCUUUGAAACAAUCUACAUUGUAUAAGCGCUAUAAAAAUAAAGCUGAAUUGAAUGUAAACUCUCUUCGAGAUCAAAGUAGGCAAAUAACUGCAUUAAACAUUUUACUGUCUCAGGAGGCCAUGAAAAAUGAGGUAAACGAUAGUCAAGUGACACAACUCAGCCUAUUAGAUCUUGACAAUAUGGAAAAUGUAGCCAAAGAUUUACAUUGACACACAUUUAAAGUACUGAACAAAUGCAACAGUUGUAGUAUGUUUAGUAGCCUAGGUCACCUAACGUAUGUGAUUCAGGCAGAGCCGAUGUCACAGACAUACGUGCUUUUAAAUAAAGUUGUUUUAGGCCUAUUUCUCCUUUUGUCCUCAAUGCUGUUAUUAAAAUAACUACAAAUUACAUGGAGUGGGUGUAAUAAACAUAAUAAAAACAAGUCAUGGAAAUUAGGUUAAAUCAGGUAAUCUGACAGAAUUAAUCAGAGACGCGGAUCUUAUUCCGCGUGCGAUUCGGUUCAACUGAGUCUAUUAAAGGAACCUGUUCAAAAGAACGAUUCAUUCGCGAUUCGGACAUCCCCAACGAGCAGUACGAACUCAGUUGCUCUCUUGAGCGGCAAGACUGAAGCGAGCAGAUAACUCCCGCAGCACAAGAGCAGAGUCUACCGGCUCAUCUCAGUAUGUGGCAGAAAUCAACCCGGUGCUGAAGGAGGACUACAGACCAGACGAACUUCAGCAAAUCUCAGGGUCGCCAAACUGUUCGUUCCUGGACAACUGAACGGGAGGCUCUUCAUAUUUAUGUUCUCCAUUUGUACACGUCUCAGAACAGCCCGUCCUCCACCUCUGACUCUUGAGAGACGAAGCGUCAGGAUCCAGUGGAAUUGAAGCUGCCAUGGUUCUGGAAAUCUGUGCGUCACUUUGGUGAGCGUUGGGCCGUCAGAGGGCAGAAGACAUGUUGGGACAGAGGGCUGGGCACCCCAUUGAAGCUUGCUGUAGUAACCAUGGAAACGGUGUGGAGGAGUUUGGCCUGUGUUGGCAUCAUGGCCAUGGUUGCCAGUGGAGGGGCGGAGAGUUGGAGCGAUGAGAAGUUUGCACAGUCUCAAGCUGAGUUUCUGUCCAGCUUGGGCCAGUAUGAGAUUGCCAUCCCAGUGCGUGUGGGGCCUCAUGGGGAAACUCUUUCGGAAGAGGAGACGUCUCACGGGACUGUCCGCCACCGGCGCAGCACCGAAACACAGAGCGCUCCAGAGCCGCAGCUGUACUAUCAGCUCUCCACUUCCAGCACUGAUCUGCUGCUCAACCUCACGCUGCAGGGAGGACUGCUCUCGCGCCAGUUUCGUGUCGAAUACUGGAAGAGGGGCCGCUUGGCCUGGAGCCACCCAUACUUGCCCAGCUGCCACUAUGUGGGUCACCUGCAGCACCAGCCGCACUCCAGUUCUGUUGCUCUCAGCAACUGUAACGGACUGCAAGGGGUCAUUGUAGCAGGAGGUGAGGAGUACCUUAUUGAACCCCUGGUUUCUGCUAAAAACUUGACUAAUGAGGAUGGCAGAGAAGGGCGACCACAUGUUGUGUACAAACGCUCGUCUCUGAGAUAUCAGAACAUGGACCAGUCCUGUGGAGUUAUCGAUGAGAAGCCUGGGAAGAGUUAUGGAUGGUGGCAGAGAACAAUAAAACCCUCACCCAACCAGAUGGGACGGGGCCAGUUGCCACUGAAACGUUCUGUAAGUCGAGAGCGCUUCGUCGAAACCCUGGUGGUUGCCGACAAGAUGAUGGUCAGCUAUCACGGCCGUCGCGAUAUCGAGCAGUACAUUCUGGCCGUCAUGAAUAUUGUUGCCAAACUGUUCCAGGAUUCUAGCCUGGGGAAUGCAGUGAACAUCGUGGUGACGAGGCUUAUUCUGCUGAUGGAAGACCAGCCCACGCUAGAGGUAAACCAUCAUGCAGGGAAGUCUUUAGACAGCUUCUGCAAGUGGCAAAAGUCUAUCUUGCACCGGAACGGUCAUGGAAAUGCCAUACCUGACAAUGGAAUCGCUCACCAUGAUACAGCAGUUCUCAUCACCAGAUAUGACAUCUGCAUCUACAAGAACAAACCCUGUGGAACUCUUGGUCUGGCACCUGUUGGAGGUAUGUGUGAGCCAGAGAGAAGCUGCAGCAUCAAUGAAGACAUUGGCCUCGCCACUGCUUUUACCAUUGCACAUGAGAUUGGACACACGUUUGGGAUGAAUCAUGAUGGUGUUGGCAAUGCAUGCGGGGUGCGCAGUCAGGAGACCGCCAAACUCAUGGCUGCCCACAUUACCAUGAAGACCAACCCGUUCGUCUGGUCCGCCUGCAGCCGCGAUUACAUCACCAACUUCCUCGACUCUGGCAUGGGUUCCUGCCUCAAUAAUGUGCCCCCCAAGCAGGAGUUUGUGUACCCCACCACAGCCCCAGGCCAAGCUUAUGAUGCAGACGAGCAGUGCCGCUUCCAGUACGGAGUGAAGUCUCGUCAGUGUAAAUACGGGGAAGUGUGCAGUGAGCUCUGGUGCAUGAGUAAAGGCAAUCGCUGCAUCACCAGUAGCAUCCCAGCAGCUGAGGGCACCAUUUGCCAGACCAGCACUAUCGAAAAAGGGUGGUGCUACAAGAGAUUGUGUGUGCCGUAUGGAACACGGCCCGAGGGUGUGGAUGGUGGGUGGGGCCACUGGUCUCCAUGGGAGGAGUGUAGUCGCACAUGUGGGGGCGGAGUCUCAUCCUCCAUUCGUCAUUGUGACAGCCCCAGGCCAACGGUUGGAGGGAAAUAUUGUCUUGGAGAGAGGAAGCGCUUCAGAUCCUGCAACAUUGAUGAGUGUCCAGUCGGGUCUCAGGAUUUUCGGGAGAUUCAGUGCUCAGACUUUGACAGCGUUCCUUUCCGGGGAAAAUUCUACACCUGGAAGCCAUACAGGGGAGGUGGAGUGAAGUCAUGCUCACUGAACUGCCUGGCCGAGGGCUAUAACUUCUACACUGAGCGCGCUCCAGCUGUAGUGGACGGCACACCCUGCAGAGAUGACUCUCUGGACGUUUGUGUUAAUGGGGAGUGUAAGCAUGUGGGCUGUGACCGGAUCCUGGGCUCAGAUGUGCGGGAAGAUCGCUGCCGUGUUUGUGGAGGAGAUGGAAGCAGCUGCCAGGUCAUCGAGGGGGUCUUCAAUGACUCCUUGUCUGAAGGAGGUUAUGAAGAGGUGGUCAGAAUCCCCAAAGGAUCUGUAUUCAUACACAUCCAAGAGCUCAACAUCUCUCUGAAUUACUUGGUGUUGAAGAGCAAAGGGGAUCAGUACUUCAUCAAUGGCAAGCUGACCAUCGAUACACCGCGCCGCUUCGACAUUGCCGGUGGUACCUUCCACUACCGGCGACCCGCCAAUGAACCAGAGACCCUGGAAGCUCUCGGACCUACCAACAUGACCCUGAUCGUGAUGGUCUUGGUCCGUGAAGAGAAUCCAGGAAUUCUAUAUCGAUUCAACCCUCCAGUCAGCAGAGAUCCUCUGAGCAGUUACUCUUGGCAUUAUACAUCCUGGUCCCGCUGCUCUGCACUGUGUGCUGGAGGGGUUCAAGUCCAGCAGGUAGUGUGCAAAAAACAAGCUGAUCUCUCUGUGGUCUACAAUCACUUCUGCGACAAGAAGAACAAGCCCAAAGACAAGAAAAGACCAUGCAACCAGGAGCCUUGUCCUCCAACGUGGUGGACAGGAGACUGGUCAGAAUGCAGUCGGAGCUGUAAUGGAGGAGUUCGCACGCGGGAAGUGCUGUGUAAGAGGAAGAUGUCUGUAACAGAAGAGAAAGUGCUGGACGACACAGCCUGCACCACAACACGGCCUUCCGUCACAGAGCCCUGCAACAACCACACCUGCCCACCCGAGUGGCACGCGCUCGACUGGUCAGAGUGUACUCCUGGCUGUGGUCCGGGAUACAGGUACAGGGUGAUUUUAUGUAGAAGUGGAGACAACGGAGAGACGCUGCCAGAGUCUGAGUGCCCGAAACAAAGCCGCCCGACCACCAGAGUGCGCUGUAACAUACAGCGGUGCCCACCACCUCAGUGGGUCGCAGGUCCCUGGGGAGAGUGUUCUGCGAGGUGUGGAAUGGGUCAGGAGAUUCGUUUUGUUCAAUGUCUGACACACACUGGCCAGCCGUCCAAUGAGUGCCCUGAGUCUCAUCGUCCAGCCUUCAUGCAGCAGUGCAAGAGCAAGUGCGACCACAGCGGCCCUACAGACAACCCUGAAGAGUGUAAAGAUGUGAACACAGUGGCGUACUGCCCCCUGGUGCUCAGGUUCAAAUUCUGCGGCCGUGCAUAUUUCAGACAGAUGUGCUGCAAAACCUGCCAAGGACACUGACCUCUCUCUCUCUCCUCCAUACUCAAACACAUGCACACAGUUAUUUUUCUAUGUCUCUCUCUCUCUCACCCUGGUUUUCUUCCUCUCCGCCCUCCCAUCUUCUUGCAUGGCCAAAACCGCCCAUGCUCAGCAUUCCACUGGAGGAGCGCAGUCAACCACUUGCAGGCUGACAUCACUGAGGGAGAAAGCAUGGGGGAAAGAAGAGAAAGAGAGAGAAAUGCGGAAAGAACGAGAGAGAAUGUUUCUCUCCCUCCGACCAGCUGCUUUGGCACUGCUGCUGUGAAAACCAGUCUGUCCAAAAGACCUCUGUCAGUCUUCGUAAGCUCUUCCGCAUGGUGCUCUGGGUCGUCACUUGUCAAGCAGAGAAGUGUUUGUGUGAGCUGUCACACCUGUAGUUCUCAGUGAGUAAUAGUCAUCUAAUGUGAUAAAAGAUUCAUUUACUGACCUGUCCUCUUUACAAACGGACCAAUCCCAAAUGGCACACUUACAUUGCCCUUCACAUGCGUCCAGAAGAUUACAGGUUGUCGUGUUCAUCAUUUUAGCUUUCAGAAUAGUGCUUGUACCCUUCGAUGCACAAUUAUUUGGAGACCUCUUUCAAACUUGCAAUUUGUCACAAAAAUGUGGACUCUGGAGGAAUAAGAGGAUUUAGUGUGUCAUUUGGUAUUGGUCAUAGUCUCAAAGGUGCACUCAGUCAUUUUUUUUACAUGUAGCUCUUUUUAUCUUUGAAUUAUACUGACAUCUAGUGUUGUGGAUGAUUUAUUAUGCGCAACAAUUGUACAAAGAAAACAACUUUUCAUUGUCAGACACUAUUUUCUUGUGAGCAAAAGUUUUUAAAAACAAGUUGGCUAGUAAUGAGUAGUUUUCACCUGGUGAUCUCUACAUGGUGUAAAUAUUUCACUUUACAUGAAAUAUUACAUUGUGGAAUUGUGUUUUGGCUGCGUUAAUCACUGCUCAGCCAUAUUUUAUAGUUGAAAAUAUAACAAAGCUACUUUUUAUUGCCGUUUAUAGUAAACUUUUGAAACAUUCUGUUAUCUGGGUUUUUCAUAUAAAUUACUAUGCAAAAGUCAGCUAAUGAUUGUUAUUUUAUGGGUUUAUUUCUCUAUAGUUUUAUUGUAUGCAAUAUAUGGUUUCAGACUACUAAAGAUUUCAAUUGAAGUCAUUUAGAGUCAAAUAAAAAAGUUUAACCGUGAAUUAAGGGAAACUGUUAUUAGCAUAUACAGUGGGGGAAAUAAGUAUUCAACACGUCACCAUUUUUUUUUUAGAAAACUUUUUUCCAAAGAAAUCCAUUUAUACAAAGAAAACAGUAUUAAUUAGUUUACAAAUGAAGCUAAAAUAAACAUUUACAAUUGAAAAUUAAAUGUCACAAGACAAAAUUAUUGAACACAUUAAGGGAGGUGUAGAAAGGCAGUAAAAGCCCAGAUUGCACCUGCAAUAUCACAGUAGUUAUUCAGCAAUUCUCCGCCCUUCCUCAGUGUAAAUGAAUAUUAGCUGCUUUAAUACAACAUCCACUUUGCCAGGAUGAUGAAGAUGAAACCAGGGUGGACAUUUCAGCAAGACAAUGAUCCAAAAUACAGCCAAGGAAACUCUUAAAUACUUUCAGAGAAUUAAAAUCAAUCACCUGACUUGAAUCCAAUAGAAAAUACAAAAUGAAGAUAAAAUUUGAUAGACGAGACCCACAGAACCAUCAAGAUUUUUACACUCUGUUAAGUCUGUGAAAAAAAUCACACCUGAGCAAUGCAGGACUUCAUUCUACAUAUGAGAGUUGUCUUUAAGCUGGCAUCACCAAAAAAGCCUUUUAUAUAAAGUAUUAAAUACUUUUCAGUAGUUCAGUACUUUGCCUUUGCCCCUUUGUUUGUGAUUUCAUUGUUAUAACACAGAACCAUUUUUUCAGAUUAUUAUCAUUUUUUGUAUUAUUUUUGCUUGUAUUGUUUAUGUUUUUACUAAAAUCUGGUUCAAUUCCAUAUCAACGGGUCCUUUGGAUAUAUUAUUCCCAGGAAAAAAACAUGACAUGUUAAAUACUUUUUUCCCCAUUGUAUUUUUAAGUGCAGGUUCAGAUUUUAAACAAUUUUCAAAACAUGAAAAUGUUUAAUGUGGAAAAAAAUUAUUGAGUGCAUUUUAAAGGCAUAAUUCACACCAAAAGGAAUUAUCUGUUGUUAUUACCUCAUCUUCAUGUUGUUAUAAAUGUCAAACAAAUGUCCAUAAAAUGAAACUUGCUGUCUCGCUGGGGUCCAAAAUAACAUUUCUGUAUACAAUUAAAAAGCACAAUUUGACAUUUUUCUAAAUAUCUAAUGGUCAAAAUUUGUUAGUAGUAAUUUAAAACAGGAGAAUAAAUAAAUUAUAAUUUUUGGGUGAACUAUGCCUUCAAGGUCUUUCACACUUUUAGCAAUUUACAAAGCAACAAAGUGUUAACAAUUUAAAUAAAUGAUUAAUUAAAUGAGUGGAAAUUUUCAGUUCAAUAUACUGUAAAUGUCAUUUUUGCUCAUUGAGUUAAGUAGAAAACAUUUACCAGCUCAUUGUGUCUUGUUGACAAUCAGCAUGUAAAUUGCUAUCUGUGUGAACGACCCUUUUGGGACUCUUCAGAUCAUUCAGAUAUCAUAAGCUCUCAUUCGGUGUGGUUGGUGCUGAGAUACUGUAUCUUUAAAUCUGACGGCCGUGUGGCCAUUUGCAGGUGCUGUUCUGUUUUCAUGCCAUCUGGUCCCAUAAUGCUUACACUAAAUAAUCAUAAGAUAUUGUGCGCCAGUUCAACCUGGAUAAACAAUUAACUGUUUAACAAUUGGAGGGAAACGAGGUAAGGUGAGUUUAGCUUCCGUGCACAACAUAACAGUUGUUUAAUCAGGCAAAGGACGCUGUUGUUGAACCAUGUUGUGGUUAUGUCGUUAUUUUUAGGCUUUUUUAACCCAAGAUAAUGUACUGUAUUCUCGAUGCACCACAAGUGGCCAUGUAGCAACUGUGGUGCUCGAUUUUGACCCUUGUAACUAUUCAGUUUUUUUACAUAUGAAAACCUUUGAGAUCGUAUAGUUAGUUGGUCCCAAAAAUUCAACCUAAUGUAUUCUUCUUCAUUUGUUUACAUAUAUAAGUCAUGCAAUAGGUUUUUGUGAGUCAAAUAUUGAAAUAUCAAUUGUUUGCAUUGAUGCUACAGAAACAAUGGGGUUUGAAUAUGUACACAUGCAGAUGAGAUUUAAGAGUAAAGGGGAAGAAUGUAGAUGGAAGUAGUAGUUUUCUGCCAUAUUUUUGUUUUAGUCUGUUCCUCACAAAAAAAGAUAACAUGCUACUUUAAAAGAGCUUGGAACAAAAUAAUGGCAAUUAAACAACAUUUUUAGUUAAUGUUUUAUAUUUUUAAACUUGGGAAUUCAAAAUGUUGAUUGAAUUUCCUUCCAAAAUCUGUUCUGUUUCAUCGAGUUUUAACCCAAAUAUACCAUCAUUCAGCCCAAUCUUGCCAUUGAAUCAACUUACUAGUAUCAGUCACUGUUAGAGAGCCAUUACAGACCUUCUCCCUGUCCUGGGUCCUGGCAGCACUCUCUUUUGAAGAGCAGAUCAUGAGAAGAUGGCCUCUGUUCGAGGACUGAUGGCUAAUCUGUGGUGCUACAGUAUGGUGCUAUGUCUUUAUUUGUCAUAAUCUCAAGAUUUAUGUUAUAUAUGUAUUGUAGGGAUUGUUUUUCUAAAGAUGAUACAUUUGCUAAAGAAAAAAAUAUAAGCAGGAUUCUAUGAAAACUAAAAUUGUUGUUAAAGUCUGCAGAGACACUAACUUUGUAAUCAUAUAUUUGGUACAGUUAUUAUGUGAAAGUAAAUUGCUGUUUUGCUUUUGAUGGCAAGCUUUGUGUGUUUUUAUUCAUUUUUAAAAUGUUUUGCUUUGUUCCUACAUUUGUAGAUUCACUUUGGAAAUGAAGUCACGCUUGUUUAUUUGGACUUAACAUAAGUAACGUGCUGUACCUGUGAUGUAGUUUAUGCCAUUUGAAUUGUACUUAGACCAGUUGAAAUGAAUUUGAAAUGCAGAAUAAAAAGAUGCAUUGUGUACAAAUAAAA